GAGAAGGCUUCUGGUACUGUUCAGAAAUCCUAAUACGUGUUAUGACGAGAUUUCAAGGCCGAAUUGGCCUCACCACCGCACUAGCGAGCAGACAUGACCGCCUUAUCGGUGAAGCUGGCAACAGAUCCUACCAUCAUCGCUUGAUUAGUCGUUCAGUGUUCGACACUUCAAACAGAAGAAUCGAGAAGCGUCAGUUCCCUUCUAUUCAAUCCACAAUUACGUCUUUUCCUCCGACCGUCAGCCUGUCCUGCGCGUGUGCGUUGCCAUGGAUACGACGCUAGGACGCCGCGUUGCGGCCGCAGUUCGAAGCAGCUCCAACUUCGGUGGAGGCGUUAACAAUAAUAUUAACGUAUCCUGUACGUCAGGCAGUCAUAAUCCUAGUGUUGGAGCACCGGGAAGCGUCCUUAUUGGCGGUUCGACGACGGCGACAUCUGGCGUCGGAAGCGGGAGUUUAUCGUCCUCGUCAACAGCAACAGGUCCGAGGUUACGCAGACAAAGGAGCUACGAAUGGCGGGAACGACAGUACAGCACGUCGGAGGAUGAAAAUGCAGUGACUGCGUCCGGAGGAGCGGGUCUGCUUCACGUGGGAAACACUCGGACGAGUAACGCGAGUUUGCAGUCUUCUGGAAGCAAGCAACGUGCUAGCCCGACGCCUGCCGUGUAUGCUGCCGGCAUUGCGUCACUCCUCGCCGGGUACUCCAGUGCUGAGCGAUCUUCUCUGUCGGGAAUCAAUUCCUACCGAACCGGAUCUGACACCGAGGAAGCCACGACGACUGACAACCCCACAACCCCGUUCCCCACUCCACCCCCUACGUGCGCCUCUCCGACCAUGUACCACCAUCCUCUCAGCAACAACCCUCUGCAGCACAGCCCAAACUUGUCUUCAUCGGGCUGUGACCCCGGAGGUCAUCGCCAGGCCUCACCUUACCCUCUGGAGUCGACAAACCUGUCGGGAAAUUCGACCCCUGUCAACUCCACGAGCCCUCGCUUUCCGACGCACAUGCCUUCGUCCUCGUCUGCGUCACGACAUCACCACGGCGGUCACCACCAUCAUCACUACCCCGCCAAGAAAUCAUCGCUGAGCCGUAGCGACGGAAGUGUAGGCUCCAAGCAGUCAGCGAGUCAGCAGUACGGUCAGACAUGCGGUUCUGGUACUCUCGGUAGCCGAGGGAGAGUUUCAGCCGGUAGCCGUAGGAUUGCAGUCCAGCAACAGGGCGGAGCGACAAUGACGUCAUCAUCUUCCACUUCCUCGGCGUCUUCAGGUACAGACAACAAUUCUGACAUGACCUACCCUGGCGUAGAGAUGUUGAGCGCUGGCAAAGAUGGAAGAAGGAUUCAUCUAGAAGACGACUUAGCUGACGAUUCUCCGCCCGAACCUGCACCUCCGGAGGUACCCCCGAGGGGGCCGUCUCUUCAUCACCCCCUACAGGGGCACGCGACCCUAAGGGGCAGAUCAGGGGGCUCAGUCAACUACAGCCUGAGCUCUGGCCCUGGGGAUGCUGACAACUUGGAAGAUCCGGAUUAUGGCCGACCGGCAGGUACUACCGGAGCCAACAGUUGCGUGUUCCUGUCUCAAGAAUAUCUUAUGUCGGGGAGUCCUCGGACGUACCCCACUGCGAGCUCCUGCAGGCCGCCCAAAUCACCCGCCGCGGUUCAGGUGUCAGCAGGGGGAACCGGUUCUGGCAGCAAGGACUUCCUGCAACCCGGGGACACCGCCGGCCUAGCUCCAGCGUCGAAGACGAACACCAUCAGUAGUCAACACCGGCUGGCGCCGCAGAUGAUGGUGUCCCCUCCGCAGCUGUCUGUGUCACCAGCAAAUCCGAUUGCGAUGCCGGUGUUCCCUCUGCGGCCUACCCCGUCGCCUUACUCCCCGUAUUCGCCUUCGAGGUUUCACAUCGACAAGCGUUGCCAGCAUCGGUGCUCCUGGAAGUGCUGCAGCAUUGCACUCAUUCUACUGUCCGUCGCCCUCACCGCCAUGCUAGCCUACUUCGGUGCCGUGAGUUCAAUGCGUCCCGGAAUGGACAGUGCCAGCUGUAUACUUGUGGAGGAUGCCAAGGCUGUUGCACAAGAUGAGGAACCAAAGGAUCUGACUUCAUCCCAGGCUCCUACAGAAGAAUCACUCCCAACGAGCACUGCGGUCCACUCAAGUGGACCCAGCGCUUCCAACAAAUUACCCGGAGGGUCCAGUAGUGACGUCGUGGAUCAGCAACAGACUCACCAACAAUUCCAACAGCAACAGCAGCAGCAGUGGCCUGCUGUACUUGAGAUAAGAGAACUUGGCAUCCCACACUCUGCCACAAUCCCUCCAUUUCAAUUCUGGAACUCCGAGUUCCGCAACAAAGAACCAGCAUUCAUACGCCUGAAUUUUACCCUUCCCUGGGGUUCCAACUUCGCCGUGUAUGGUCGUCGAAAUGUAGCUCCGAGUGUCACUCAGUAUGAUUUUGUAGAAUUUAUCAAGGGAGGUCGAAUCGAUCACAGACUAAAACGAUCUCUUUCUGAUGCACCCUAUAUCACAAGAAGUAUAAACUCGUUGGAUCGUAUUGUCAUGGACGAUGAUGUGGUACAUUUUCAUUCUCCUGGUGUCUCGUCAAUGUCUGCUGUGAGUUUUAAAACUUCAACGUCACAAAAAUGGCGUGAUCAUAAAGGCAUGACUGGUUCCGAAAUCCUCCACGUUAUUCCCCCUCCACCAUUCAUUGUAAAUCACAAUCAUCUUGAAAGAAGUCCAGAGAGUCAAGAGGAUAAUUCUGAGUCUGCUUCUGAAGGAAUUUUAUCUUCUACACCAAAAUAUACAAAGUUAAAAAGACGUCAAAUAAUGCCUGACACCAAGGAAAUACUCUUAACUGAGAGUAAUCAUAAACUACCCCAAACAGUACAAAGUAAAGCAAAGAGAACAGAGAACAGGGAUGGAGAACAUGGAAGUUUUAACUGGGAACAGGGGCUUAAGCAGAAUGGAGAGGUUCAGGAACACGUGGUUGAGAAGAGGUCGGCUGGGACAGGAGUCGGUGGAAGUGUCUUGAUGCUUGUCAAUGUUACACUUCUGCAGUACUUGGAUACUGGACGGUGGUUUCUGUCAGUGUACAAUGAUGAUUUAAGACCCCACCAGGUGACACUUGUGGUAGCCGAGGCUGAGGGUGUGUCCACGGCUUGCCCCAAUGACUGCAGUGGACAUGGCUCGUGCUAUCUCGGAAAGUGUGACUGCAUCGAUGGAUAUGAAGGCAUCGACUGCUCCAAGAGUGUUUGUCCUGUGCUUUGCUCGAACCAUGGAAAGUAUGGGGGUGGUCUGUGCCAUUGUGAGGAGGGGUGGAAGGGACCGGAGUGUGACAUCCCAGAACAUGACUGUCAAGUUCCUGACUGCUCUGGACAUGGUCAGUGCCUCGCUGGCAUAUGUGUCUGUCAGUCAGGCUGGAAGGGCACAUUCUGUGAGCAUGUGGAUUGCGCCGACCCUGGGUGCUCGGGACACGGCUCCUGUGUUGGGGGGAAGUGUUAUUGCAAAGCGGGCUGGCAGGGUGCCAACUGCAGUUCUGUGGAUCAGCAGGUGUACCAAUGUUUACCUGGAUGCUCAGAACACGGCAGUUAUGACCUUGAAACUGGAGCUUGCGUCUGUGACAAUUAUUGGACUGGCCCCGAUUGUUCGCAAGCCUUGUGUAGCUUGGAUUGUGGUCCUCAUGGGCAUUGUGACAAGGGAAAAUGUGAAUGCCACAAGGGAUGGACGGGUGACCGCUGCGAUCUACUGCCAUGCGAUACGAGAUGCUCGGAACAUGGCCAGUGUAAGAAUGGAACUUGCGUCUGUUCUCAAGGCUGGAACGGGAAACAUUGCACCCUACCUGGGUGUAAGAGUGCGUGCAACCGGCACGGAACCUGCGCCCUUCAGGAUGGAGAGUACCGCUGCGUGUGUUCGGAUGGCUGGGCUGGUCUCGACUGCAGCAUUCGCCUAGAAAUAAAAUGCAACGAUGAAAUAGACAAUGAUGAAGAUGGGAUGAUCGAUUGUUCGGACAGCGAAUGCUGUUCGCAUCCGUCUUGCAAGGACCACAUAAUGUGUCUGGCGUCCAACGAUCCCGUCGAGGUACUGUUGCGGAAACAGCCGCCGUCAGUCACGGCUUCCUUCUAUCAGAGAGUUAAGUUCCUUAUUGAGGAGAACAGUGUUCAGAGUUAUGCUCACAUGGAUGAAUACAGCGAAAGUCAGUUCUGGAACUCAUUUACUCCGCGCCGAGUGUCAGUCAUGAGAGGACAGGUGGUGACCCCACAGGGGCUUGGUAUUGUUGGCAUCCGUGUCAGUGUGGAUAGAGAUUCCAGGUUUGGCUUCACACUUACUCGAGCAGGGGGAUGGUUUGAUGUUUUGGUGAAUGGAGGUGGUGCUGUGACCUUGCAGUUCCAGCGCAGUCCUUUUCGACCCUUGACCCGCACAGUGUUUGUCCCGUGGAACCAAAUUGUCGUGCUUCCACCAGUGGCUAUGCAGCUUAGUGAUGAUACCGACGUCUACCGUGACAACGGAGGGAACAGCCUCUCUUAUGUUUUGCAGGCAUGGGGAAGUAUGCCUGUUUUUCCAAGCAGUCUUUUAACAUCUGGUGAGCAUGGACCGUGCAUGGAUCAUGAUCAUGAGAUGCUGCAUCCUGUGGUCAUGUCAACAUGGAUGCCAGAUAAAGUAGGCGGAAUGCCUGGGAAGAGCCUUGUUUUUGCCGAGACUCAGAUUCUACAAGAAAGUAUACGGAUACCAGGAUCUGCUUUACAUCUUAUGUAUCAAAGCAGUCAAGCACCAGGUUACUUGUCAAGUGUUCUCAUGAGACUGACUCACGCUACAAUCCCACCCACGCUGACGCAUGUUCACGUUCGUGUUGAAAUUGAGGGUUCGGUCCACACCAAAACAUACGAGGCUGAUCCACACCUCAUGCACAAAUUUGCUUGGAACAAACGCAAUGUUUACAAACAGAAGGUGUAUGGAGUGGCGCAAGCUCGUAUUUCAGUCGGUUACCAGUACUCAAGUUGCUCUGCAGUUGUGUGGGAGACUCAGACCGCAACGUUACAGGGCUUCGAUGUGGACAUAUCAGACGUGGGCGGAUGGAGUCUAGAUAUUCACCACCAUUACAAUUUCCAUGAAGGAAUCCUACAAAAGGGUGAUGGGUCCACAUUGCACUUCAAGCAGUAUCCACGUACGGUAAAGGUUGUCAUGGGAACCGGUCUGCAGCGCCAAUUACUCUGUACGACAGAGUGCAACGGAGCUGCGAAAGACAGUCGAUUGUUGACUCCGGUAGCACUUACAAGUGGACCUGAUGGUAGCCUGUAUGUUGGAGAUUUUAACCUUGUUCGGCGUAUAACACCAGAGGGAAAUGUAUACACGGUCUUACAACUCAGUGCAACCCAGGUCUCGUAUCAGUAUUACUUGAGUGUGUCACCUGCAGAUGGUCAUCUUUAUAUUUCCAACUCUGAGAAACACCAGGUGCUGAGGGCGUUAUCUCUGGAGCCAGUCGCUGAGCCAGACAUCAACAGUGAGCCUGUAGUAGGAUCUGGAGAGCGGUGCAUACCGGGAGAUGAGACCCACUGCGGAGAUGAGGGACCUGCCAGGGACGCAAAACUUGCACAUCCUAAAGGUCUGGCAAUUGCUGCUGACAAGACAAUGUACAUAGCAGAUGGCACUAACAUUAGAGCAGUGGAUCCAAAGGGUAUAAUUCAUACAUUGGUUGGUCACCUUGGACAUCACAACCUUUGGACACCUGUCCCUUGCCAUGGAGCAAUUCCAGCCCAGCAGGCACAGUUACAGUGGCCCACAGGCCUGUCUCUGAGCCCACUGGAUGGUAGUCUGCACUUCAUCGAUGACCGACUGGUGCUGAAGUUAACAGAUGAUCUCAAGGUGAAAGUGGUAGCAGGUACACCGCUGCAUUGCCAUGUUAUCACAGGGAACAGUAACGGUGACCGCAGUCAGCACUCAAAGCAGCGUUCUGAUGGCAACAACAGUGACAACAUUUCUGUUUCUGAUACAUCGACAGUUAAGUCGGAUGGUGAGGGCGAUGAAGGCUUGAAAGCAACGGCAACAGUUCUGGGUUCCGUUCUCGCACUUGCGUUUAGCCCAACAGGUGACCUGUUCAUUGCAGAAAGCGACUCGAGGAAGGUGAAUGCUAUUCGAGUUGUAGAUUCAGCGGGCACAAUAUCAGAUUUCGCUGGGCGACCACGUGAUAAACCAAACAGGCCCACAAGCUGCGAUUGUAGUGGUAAUGUCACGGGAUCAUCAACAGCAGCUGGAGGUUCCUGUCUUUGUGGUACUCUUGGAAGUUCUUUCUCAACCCCUGAGGAUGUUACAGCAUCGGAUCACAACUCUGCUUCUUCCAAGGAGACGAUGUUAUCAUCGAAUGCCCAGUUUACGUCUAUUUCGUCCCUUACUGUAUCUCCUGAUGGUGUUCUGAAUGUGGCUGACCAGGGCAGUCUACAUAUUCUUGCCCUGGAACAUUAUCUGCCGAUACAUGAUGAAAAUGGGGAGUUCAGAAUUCCGUAUCCACCAACUCAAGAAGUUUAUGUGUUCAAUCGAUAUGGUCAACACAUUGCAACCCGGGAUCUGACAUCGGGUAAAACGCGUUACUCAUUCCUUUACAGCAAGAACACGAGUUUUGGAAAGUUGUCAACUGUUACAGACAGCUCAGGGAACAAAGUUCUGUUCCUCAGGGAUUAUAGCAAUGUUGUAAGCACAAUUGAGAAUACACAAGACCAUAAAUCAGAUCUGAAAAUCUCUGGCGUUGGCUUCCUCGUGAGGUUCUCGGAGAAGGGCAAAUCAGAGAUCGAGCUGGAUUAUGACAGCAACACGGGACUUCUCACGAGUCGAGCAGAUUCUAGAGGCGGAGGUGGUGGUGAAACGUACAUGUACCGGUAUGGUGAGGCUGGUCGCUUGGAGUCCAUUAUUCUCCCAACAGGAGAAACACUAGAUCUUGCUUCUUACCUCACAACAGAUGACAGUCUCGCUGUUCAAGUGUCAUCGCCUGUACAGUCUUUGUCUGUCCCAGUGUCUGAGCUGCCACCUCUCACAACUCUAAGAAUGGAGGGUCGUGGGGCUCACAGACUCACCAUUAGGGAAGAUUCUGCCGUAAGCGAGGCUUGUAGUUUCCGGAAUGGCUCAUUCGCUGUUCACUGGUCAUGGGGUGGACAUCUGCAGAGCCAGGCCGUGGCACGGCACCCACUGCUGGAGCUGAGCUUGCCUGUCGAGGCAGAAAUGCUACCGAUGUGGAGCGAACAGAUCCUCACACUUGGUGAUGGCCUCAGCAACCACAUGCAUUGGACCUACAGUCUGAUCGGGGAUGUUCGAGCUUCGGAACAAACGCUGCACAGGGAGCUUUGGGUGAAUCAGACACGUGUUCUUGGAGUAGAAUUUGACCAGGCUAGCGGACGUGAGACGUUCUAUGACCGAGAACGUCAGCCGCUGCUCACUGUAACUUUUAAUCCCGCUGGUCUCCCUCAGUCCUGGGUUCCUGCUAAUGGUGGUCAGCCUGUUAAUGUUACGUAUGACAGGUUUAGCCGUGUGGAUGGCUGGCAUUGGGGUCCUCAGAGUGAGAGAUACAGCUACGAGAGUCAUGGAUUGUUGUCUGAGAUCAGCUCACCUCAAGAUGGCACCACCCAGUUCACAUAUAAUGAACUCAAUAUGCUGUCCCACAUUACUCUGCCCAGUGGACGUCGAUUUGGACUUCUGUACGAUGAAGAUGGUGGCUUACGUCAUGUGACUCUUCCGAGCAACACGAGGCACUCAUUCUCAUGCCAGCCAUCUCUUGGUUUCCUACGCGUCACCUAUACUCCACCAGGCUCAAUACGCGCAUACAUUCAGCAUUAUACCCACUCAGGUUCUCUUCUGCAGACAGUCUUUCCUGUAGAUGGAGCUAGGGUUUUAUACCGCUACCAUCCUUCAGGCCAGCUUGCAGAGGUUCUCCAUGGAGAUGGACGCAGUCAGAUAAAUUACUCCCCUCUGACAGGUUUUCCUAGUGAAGUGCUCCAUUCGGAGCGAGAAUUUGAGUAUCGGUGGGAUUACCAGUAUGUGGCAGGCUUGCUAAUGGAGGAGAGGCUGGACUUUGGAGCUAAGACAGGAUUGAGCAACGCCAAGUUCACAUAUGAAUAUGACAGCAAUUUCCGUCUGACCGGGGUUCAGGGAAGGAUUGGUGGACAGAACCUUCCGGAACAUGCCUUGGGCUAUAACGUACGCACGGGAGCCAUGGAACAGUUGGGCCAGUUUAAGGUAUCACAGCCUCGACCUAAUGAAACCACUGUAUUUGAUGGUACAGCCAUUUUCUCAAGAUGGAACAAUGCUCAAUAUCAGGAAACUCAAGUUGCUGUCACAAUUCAUCGAAUGGAAGUUUUCCGUAUGGAGUUCACCUAUGAUUCUCGAAGUCGCAUCAGCCAGACACGGACCUACACUCGAAAUGUGGGUGUGAACACUUACACAAACGUGAAGAAUUACACAUGGGACUCUGACGGACAACUAUCAGGAGUGGAAGCGCAGGAGCCGUGGGGUUUUCGCUACGAUGCCAAUGGGAACAUGCUCUCCCUUACGUACAGGGGUAACACAAUACCAAUGGAAUACAAUGUGAUGGACCGCAUUGUAAAAUUUGGGGAAGGCCUAUAUCGCUAUGACAACCGUGGUCUUGUGGUUCAGAAUGCUAGAGAAGAACGCUUCCACUACAAUGCCAAAGGCCUAUUGGUACGUGCUACCAAGCGCGGCAGAUUUGAUGUGCGCUACUAUUAUGAUCACCUAGACCGACUCGCAACUCGCAAAGACAACUACGGAAACGUGACGCAGUUCUUCUAUACAAACCAUAAGCGACCAAAUGAGGUGAGCCAAAUAUACAGCCCGCGUGAUGGGAAGCUGAUGUCACUGGUGUACGAUGAUCGUGGGUACCUCAUUUUUGCUCAAGUAUAUCGGCACAAGUACUAUGUGGCCACAGAUCAGUGUGGCACUCCAGUCAUGGUAUUUAAUCAAUAUGGAGAAGGAAUCCGCGAAAUCAUGAGGUCACCGUAUGGACACAUCGUCUACGAUUCCAACCCUUACCUGUACUUGCCAGUUGAUUUUUGUGGAGGACUUCUAGAUCAGGUAACUUCAUUGGUGCACAUGCCAAGCGGAAAAGUUUAUGAUCCUCUGAUUGGCCAGUGGAUGUCUCCAAUAUGGGAGGGAAUUCUGGACAGAGUUUCCAAUCCAGUACAACUUCACCUGUAUCGGUUCAAUGGCAAUGAUCCAAUAAACGUACAGCGCAAUCCUCAGCAUCUUACAGAUCACCAGAGCUGGCUCACUCUGUUGGGAUACGAUUUGGAAAACCUAGCACCACAGCUGUAUCCAGAUAGGUUUCCAAGCGGAGGCUUGCCUCUCUCUCCACCUGGGCUUUGGGGUUCAAAGGAAGAGAUGCCGUACGUUAUGUCAUCGCGUUCAUCUGUCCAGCUCCGUCAAGACUCUUCUUCAGUAUUUGGUGUUGCAUCUGGUUUCUUGGCUCAUCUUGCUGAACGCCGCCCCGGAGAUGCAUCCACUCUCUCAUCACCACCGCGCUCAGCAGUUAAGAAAGACACUUGGCCCCCUGAGGAUUUUCCAGCAACAAACCCCGCAUCUCUGUUUCAGUUCAGACGAUUGGGAGCUGCGUGCGAUCCACCGUUUGGCAGAGGGAUUCUGGUGUCACGAACACCUGAGGGCAGGGCAGUCAUCAGCAGUGUUCCCGCAGCAAAUGCUAUCUACCGUGACGUCUUCACUUCUGUAUUUAAUCAGUCAUACCUCUUGCCGUUCACUUUCUUUCACAAUGCACAUCAAGAUGUCUUCUUCUUUGUCAAAGAGGAUUCUUGGCGAGCUUCUGAAGAUCGAGGUCAGUUGAAACGUUUAGGUGGGCAGGUUAAUACAACAUUUCAUGAGAAAGAAGCAGCUUCAGGAGAAACACCAGCUGGGACGGGAGGAGGAAAAGUGGCAGACUUGAAACUGCACGGGGCAGGAGCUGUGGUAAAUCUUCGGUAUGGAACCACACCUGAACGUGAAAAACAAAGGUUGUUACAUCAUGCCAAAAUAAUUGCUGUUCGAAAAGCCUGGCAUAGAGAGAAGGAAGCUUUGAGGAAUGGAUUUGCUGGCUCUGUUGACUGGUCAGCAACAGAAAUGGAUGAGAUUCUGAAGGUUGGUUUUGCCUCAUCUUAUGAUGGUGAAUAUGUCCAUGAUGUUAGGAGGUACCCAGAGCUAGCAGAGGACCCGUUCAAUAUCCGCUUUGUCAAAAAAACGACAGUUUCUGCUACAACGCAAGAUUCAGCUAGCAGACGCAGGAGGAGAAAGAGAGAAAGCAAAUCAGAUGGCCAGGACAACAAAACAGAACUUACUUCCUUCUCAGAUGAAACUCGUCAAUUUUCUCAGUUCUUCCAACAUACCAUGAAAGACACGUCAGCAUCAUCACCGAAUUCUGCCAGUGACAAGAAGAAUAUACCUUCAAUGGAGUUUCCAGUCAUUGUUCACUCAAAAAGACGAACAUGUCACAGUAAUAAACACUGGUGGCUACCGUGGACACACAGUAGUCCAUCAUGCUAAAAGAUAAUAAACCGGCACUAGUACAGAAUGUUUCCACCAAAGACUUAUUUCUCUUGUGAGCUUUGGCAACUGGAAAAAUAUUGUACUGUUCCAGCUGUUCUAAUAUGCACAUCAGCAGAUGAGACUUUCCAAGGAAGUGUGAGAAAUAAAAAUUCAAAAUGUUCAAAUACAAUCUGUGAAUUUCUUGAUAAAUCAUUUGAACUUUUGAUGAAGACUGAAUAUCAUAGGGAACGUAAAAUAUUUGAAAACCAAAUGAAACUUGAAUAACUUUUAACGAACCAGAAAUUAAUUUUAAAAACGAAUAACUCAGAAAAGGUUUUUUUAAAGAAUGAGUUAAGAAAUAAAAGUGUGCCAAGAAUUGCACUAUCUAUCAAGUAUUGAACCAUCAAAGAUGAAUUAAUUAUAAAAAUGUAAAACAUCUUGUGUCUGACAUCUAUGGGUCUUCUAUAAGAAGUGAAGUCUUAAAUUUGGGGUUCUUGGGUCACUGGUAGUAGAAAGGGCUGCUGUAUAUUUUAUAUAAAUCUUUCAUGACUUACCAGAAUUCAGUCAUUAUGUGUGAUGAUCGGAUGUUGGUAGCCUGAAGGAGUUAUAACGAGGAACAAGUAGCUGUUGACACUCUUGUAGGCAGACUGUGAAAAUGUUACAUUUGUCAUAAGAUUUUUGCCAGUCUGUCAUAAUUACCUCUUUCAAAAACAUUUUGUUUGUAACUAACCCAUUUUUAUGAUAAUUAAUAUUUGGGACCUGGUGUGCUUGAGAUAAAUUAAUUUCCAAGGUAUAUUUUUUACGAGAAAUUGGUAUUUCAAGGUCACCAAGAGCUGUUGUUGCAGAAACACAAAUUGGAUGGAAGAAAUUUAUGGUCAGCAUUUUUGAAAGAGGUAUUAUUCGAAGAUGCCAAAGAGGAAAUGUGAAACUACCACAAAUUUAUUUUAAAGUUUGUGUGCCAAAUUUGAAGCACACACACAAGGGAGAACAGGAAGAGUUUGCAUUCAAGAGAGAGAGAGAGAGAGUGUUGUAAAUAUAUUUAUAUUAAUAUUUAAUAUUGCUGACAGCUGGGCUUUAAUGCGAAGAAGUGACCAUGUUGUGGUCUGUGCUAUGUUGGAAGAAUAUAAGGUGUGUUAUUUUUGUGUUUCCUUUAAAUGUUUCACACUACCCAGAGGGAAAUGUCCAAAGGGAACGGAAUUUUGUGGCUGGUUUAAUCAUAAAUAUUCUGUGUCGAUAAUUAUAUUUAUAUAUUUUUAUUAUAACAGACAUAGAACAGUGUUUAAGGAAGUAUUAAUGGGUCUGUCACUUAUUGAUAUAUGGUUUGUUUUUAAUGUUGUGUUCAAUUAUGAAGUAAAACAAAACUGGAAAAAAGAUAUGUUCUUGUCUGAUUAACGCUCGGUGAAAGCGUAUUGUCAUUGAUUAACAAAACAAUGCCUAAGUUGUGUGUGUGUUCUAGUAUAUUUCCUUGGGAAUGGUAUUGUAAAAAAAAACCUUAAACUAUUUUUAAACAAUGCCAAUUAAGGAGGGAAUGAGAGCAGGUCACUGUGUAAGUCCAAAUUGUACGCACGUGUACAAAUGUUGAAAAUAGACAUGGGUCAUCAUCCCCUUGCCUGAAAGAGAUGUAACUGGGGUAAUUGCUUCAGUUCGCAAGCUUCGGUUAUGAACCUUACAGAUGUUCUCUUUACCGACGGUAUGUCAUGUUCAUACAUUAAUUACCUUUAAACCUUUGCAUUGCCUGUUUUCUGUUAAUAAAUGGCUGCUUGGUACAGAUAUUGUAUUUAUGUAUAAAAAAGUAUAUUACUGCAAGUUUGAGAGGGCACUGAAGUAUUUAGCUUUUGUGGAUUAUUUAAUUACGCACUAUUCAAUGGCCUUUGGAAAGACAGCGAAAUUUAAUCGAUUAGUGUAUGAUUUACCUCUAAAGUAAGUACGGUGAAAUACGCAAAAGUCCAAUAUUCUACACUGUUCCUAAAUGGUUAGCAUAAAACUGUCUACGGAAUUUCAAUACUUCAAGAUGUUCAGCGCAGUCAGACAGUUCUGGACUUCUCUUAACAAGUAUAUUUAAUACUGCAGCUAAUUAAACAGUUUUUAUCCUUGGCAGCAUAUAUAUAAUUACCCAAAUUAUUUGAAGUUAACAAAGUAACUACAAUCCUAAGAGCAAGCUCUAUGGUGUCGAAAGAUAAUUUGCAGUAUCACUGCGUUUCAGAAGCGACGUUUAAAGUGUUGUAAUAACUUUGACCGUAAGAAUUUGUUUGAAAUUCCAGUUUCCCACAACAGGUCAUAUUGAUGAUAUUGGUGCAUCCAUUUGAUAAUUUUAUUAUUAGACAAAGUAUUGUGUUUUAAGGCCUUUUCAUUUUCUCUAUUGAAAAAUUUAUAUUUCACUAAAGAAAGAUGAUUUAUGGUACACAGUUUUUGUUAGUCUAAAUACCAGUAAUUCUAUACGUAGACUUAAAAAUUAACUAUGAAAUGUGAUUUUCUUCAUUGACAUAGUAAAAUUGAUCCAUACUGAGAUAAGUUUUUAUAUUUCUGAGAAUACCAAAAUAAUCGCUUUAAAAUUAAUACAAGUAGAGAAAUAACAACAAAUUUAAAAUAUAUGUUCAGUGCCUUCGUGUCUGUCCAUACUAUGGGGCUGAUGGCAAGACAUAAAAUCCAAGUUUAAGGGUUCAGGAGUAUGCCAACAUAAUACAUAGUCAACUGCACUACACAUUAUGUUGUUGAUAAAGGUUAACCCUUUCCAUGCUAGUUCAUUCUUAAAGAAACUUCUUUUUGUUAGUAUAUUUUUUUAUGGCAAUGUAAAUCGUGUUGUAAGAUUUGAGGUUAAGUUAUGUUGUUGAAAAUCCACAAAUUGGUAAUGCUGCCAGGUUAUGGUGUGAUAUGUUUCUUUAACUGAUCUUUUGAGACACCAAGUUUUUUUUUUCAGACCAGAAGGAAACGUAUUCAUAACAUGGAAAGGUUAAUAAUACCAACAUCAGAUUGUUUUUCAGUGGCUAGCAUUUUGUUUUAUUUGCAAUAUUGAUGAGCAUACAUAAAAAUUUUCAUUCGUGUCCAUCCCGACAGAAUGCACCGAAAGCCUUUCAGUGGGAAGCUGGAACAAGGCUUGUCAUUUUAAUGUUUGUAUGUCAUUAAACAUUUUGUUGGUAUUCACCUCUUUGUUGGUUUGUAUAUUCCUCUUACUGCUGGAGUCAAAAUAAGUUGAAUAGCAAAAUGCAGACAGGGUACAGAGCAUGGCCAGAACUGGCUCAGACACAGGAUGGAAUCUAAUGCUCAUAUGGUAUAUAUGUAUGUGUGGAUUUGCAUGAAUGUAUGAACAGAUAUGUAAGUGUAUGUACUGUGUUAAUAACUGUUUUCACCUGAAAAUAUUUAAAUAUUGUUUUUAUUAUGUUUAAAAAAAAUAGCAGGCUUAUUUCCUUAUAUCCGUUGCUUUAAUCACAUCGGCACUCUGAUAAACCUGCCUCGACUGUUACGCUGAGCGGUGGAUCCUUUCUGUGCUGUAGUUUUAUAUUCUUCUCCCAAUAUUUCGAGAGAAUUUUGUAUUUAUGUGACUAAGAGUGUGUUAUGGGCAAUGAACAAAAUACAUUCUCUCUGAAAAAUUCAGUGUGAUGAAAACUGAUUACAUUAUCUUUUAUCCAAAUAAUCUGUGCUUGAGUUCUAAAUAAUCCCAGACAACCUAACUUCACUCUGGAGGAAAAAAAUAAUGUUUCCUUUUUAGGACAGAAAGAUGUUCACUGAUGCUUUGUCCGUUCCCCUGAACAGAAUCAGUUUGUCAAUAAACAAUAUAAUUCCUGAGUCUGGAAAAUUUUCAUCACAUGACAUGUGACAAAGAGCUGAAAAAUAAAUGACACUUCACAUUAAAAUUAUUUUAACUGUUUUCUGUAAAUUGUAAUUUUAUGUAAGUAAAAUAAUUAUUGUUUUUGAAUUGCAACUUUUCUGUAUUGUAUAUUAUGCAAGAAAAUAUGUUAAGUUGUUUAACUGACACUAAUUACUGAAAAUAACAUAAUCUUUGUACUUUGUUCAUUAACUGUGACACAGCUUUAUAAAAUAUAAAUGAAAUAAUUGUAAUUCAUUUUCAUAAAAUGAUGUUCAGUCAUACAGAAUCAAGAGCCCAGUCACUGUAAGCAAAUUCACAUAGUCGUAAGAGCUUAAAUUGGUAAAGAGCCACAACAUUGUGAAUGGAUUUUGUACUGAGAUUAAAGACUGCUGAAGUCAAUAUCACUGAAAAUACUUGUUUCAACUUUUGAUAUGAUAUUCUAGUGCAUACAUGCUUCCUGUAUUUGAUGAUGUUUAAACAUCGUUACUAAUUUCAGGACUUACACUGCCGUUAUUUCAUCACAUUUAAAUGCUACAGUUCCCUGACAUUAAUGAACGCCGAGCAAAAAAAAAUGAUUUUCCGUGAUGGUUUAAAACUUGGUGCAGACUGCCAGACGAUUUUCUCCUACUGUUUCUGAAAGAGAUGUUUUUCAAAGCACAAAUCCUUACGAAGUGCCACAGAAUUCUCCUCUCAUGAGCACCGCGAGCUACAACUUCUGUCAGGUUUAUCACUUCAUUGAUUUUGGAGUUGUCAGUUGUUCUGAAUUUUGUUUGUGAUGUAGAAUUUAUUCGGUGAAUGUAGGAAUUAUGUUAUCAUCAAUACAAAGGCUGAUGAAUUGGGUGAUAGUAGUUAUCUAGUUGUUUAUUGAUGCUUCUGUUUUCAUCAAAUUGAUCAUCUCGUGUACCAUCCACUUGCUUUGAGUCAGUGUUUUUAUAAGUUUCAGAAUCAUCCUCAUCAGAUUUCUUUUGUGUAUCUGUACUCGUAUAUGCCGAAGCUUAUGAGCUGUUGUAUUAGUGAGCAUUCAUCUUGGAGCAGACCAAAGUGAAUAUGACUUUACGUUUAUUCUGUAGACCUCGUCAAAGUCAUUUUUUGAAGAAUUAUGUAUUUGUAAGCUGAUCUUUCUUCACUUUGAAGUUAAAGCUGGUCUUCAUUGGGUAUGGUGCAACAGAGUGAGUUUGUGGGGCAUGCAGUAUGUUAGUUAACUCUCGUUAGUUGUGUGAAGUCCAUCUAGUUAUGCAUUACAGUAGCGUACCACUAAACUACUACAUCUCGGAGUUACAAGUCUGGCAGUCAGCCUUGGACCGACUGGAUACGAAACCCAGAAGGUGUGAUGUCCAAUCAUAAGACCUCUGCCUUAUCAUAAUUAAAUAUUGGUCAUAAUGUAUAAAGCAUUCAAAGGCUCAUUAGUGCUUCUGUAGUAGAUUUAUUCAUAAAAGUAACAAAUAUUAAGAAAGGAAAGUGUUCUCCGUUGGAUUUCCAAUUUUUUUUUUUUUUUUUUCAGUUCUGCGUACCUAAUUGCCUUUCAAGUUUAAUUUUUGCACACACAAAUCCAGUAACAUCUCACAUGAAGCUUAUUUAUUUAUUUCUGCACAGUGAUAUUCUGCUGUCUGCAUAACGUGGCUGACUCGAAGUCACAUCAUGAUCUGCCAUUUUGAUAGGCUACUGGAUUAAAAUGCUUACAAAUUAAGUUUUGAUUUAAACAUACAUUGACAGUUAAGAUAUUUUUAAAGAUCACAAAUGUAAUAAAAAUAAUUAUUUUCCCAAUACAGUUCCCAGAGAAUCUGGACAUUUAUUUCACAAAAUAAAUAUUAGGUUUCCAAUUGAUUGUUUUCUUGUCAUUAUGGCGUAUGUAUGAAGAACUCUAACUAAAGUGAAAAAAUAUGGUUAGGUAACAACUUGGAAAAUUAAUGUCAGGAAAAGAGUACAGCCUGAGCAAUGGCAUAGACACACAGUGGGCUUAAUUAGAAAAAAGUGGUUAUUCAUUAUAGUUACCAGUUGAGGUUUGAUGGUGGUUUAAAAUCUACAGUCUGCUCUAUGCCAUAUCUGUUGGGAACAAGUAGUACUUCAGUGACUGGUGCAAACUUGGCAAAAAUAUUUUUAAAAAACACUGAAUUUAUGUAUCUUCCCCAUCUUUCCUGUUCAUUCUGAGGUGCAGCAGGGAUCCUCGGUAGUUUUGUAUAAUCGUGCUCUUGACUAAUUUGAGGCAGUGUUUGAAAUGUCAUUAGUGUCUGCAGUUUCACACAGAUAACAAAAUUACAUAUUCUUCUGUAGUCCAAAUGACUGAAAUAGAUAUUUGUGGAAUCUGUAAAAUCCCAAAGUCCUCAGUAUUAAAAGAAAAAAAAUGUGUUUUAGGAAUUUAGCAGCAAUUCCACACUCAUAGAAUAUUUCAUGAUUUAUCGUUAAGGAUAUUUAAGAACAGACUCCCAAACUCCUAUUUGCCAGAGCUGUGUAAGAUACUGCCGUUGAAUUAAUUCCUAAAAUGUGAAACAGUGAAUGAUGUAUAUGACUGUAUCGUAUGAACUACAUAUUUUCUAAAAGUGUUCUUUUUUCAGUGGUUGUAUAUAAGAAAAAGGAAACUGAAUGUUUGCUUUAUUGAUAAAUCUGUUUCCUAAUUCCAUUCCCUUGCUGAACCCUAACAGAGGAGCCAUUAUCAUACUGCUAAUAUUAACAUCAUCAAAGAAGAAGCCUUGAAAUUUAUGUGCCAUUGUUGUUUAAAUAUUGUCUAUUCAUCGAAAUAAUUAUUUUCAACUCUAGUCAACAGAAUUUGGACUCUAUAACAUGAAUAUUUAAAACUUUCAAAUGGUAUUGAAGAAGAAUGAAGAUAUGACAUAAAUUUUUCUAAGUGGAAGCAAUGGCGUCUUGAAGAACAGUGUUUUGUCCAUAUGGCAUCAUUCAUAUUAUAAGUGGUGUUUCAGAAAAAUUAAUAAAUGCAAAAUUUGUUUUAUAAACUUGCUGUA